AUGGAUUCAACACCAAAAGAAUUAUUAAUUAACGAUUAUUCAAAAUUUUUUGAAGAGCGUGAAGAAACUGCUGAUGUUGAAAUCACAACAUCAAACACCGAAAAAAAAAUUUCAGCACAUUCUUUAAUCCUUGGUAUUAGAUCUGAUUACUUUAAAAAGAGUCUUUCUGAAAUAUGGGCGAAAAAGAAUAAUUAUGGAAAGUUUGAAUUAGUAUUUCCUGAUAUUGAAUACGAAAUCAUGAUUAUUUUAUUGAAGCAUCUUUAUUGUGCAGAGAUUUACGAUUCGGAUGAUUUUUACACACUUUCAAAAGUCCUAAUCGCAUCUGAUAAAUUCAAUAUUGUUAACCUUUCCGACCUCAUCCAAAAUAUGAUUUCUGAAAAAAUUUUGAUUUUCAUCAAUAAUAAUUUGUUCGAUCUUUUCGAAUUCAUUAUGAAAUAUCACCAAAUAUUUACUCUCAUAGAUAAGGUAUUCAUGGACGAAAUCGCAAAAGACCCGAAUCUUCUAUUCUCAUCUAAAAAUUUUGUAAAAUUAGAUGAAAAUAUGCUGGAAAAAAUCUUGUUAUGCGAUAACCUAAUGAUUUCGGAAUUUAAGAUUUGUGAACAUUUAAUCAAAUGGGGCGAUGUGGAAAAUAAUAGUAUCAAGUUUGAUUCACUAUUUCAUUUAAUUCGCUUUCAUCAGAUGAAAAAAGAAGAAUUCUUUGAAAUUAAAAAAAAAUAUAGGACCAAAGUCACAUUUCCUGAUGAUUUAUUAGACGAUAUUAUUGGAUUCUUUAUGUGUAAUUAUCCACAAAAUAUUAAAAAAUCACCGUUUAGGUUAGGAAACUAUCAAAGAUCUCAAAUCAUAAAAAAUCAUGAAGAUUUCUUGGAAAUUUCAUCCUGGAUUGAUAAUGAUAGAGGAAAGAAUUCAUUUAGAUUUGAUCUUAUAUUCGACAAUAAAUUUUUUGGCAGUAGUUUUAACGCAAUUCCGUUCCAUACUAUAUGUGAUGGAACAUUUUCUACUAUCAUUUUCUUUGAUCUAAUCGGAACGACUGUUGGUGGAUAUAACCCUCUCGGUUGGUUUAAUGAUAACAAAUAUCGACUAAGUAAUAGUAGUUUUCUUUUUGCCUAUAAUGAUGAUAAUUUAAAAAAUACAACAAUAUCCCGUGUUAUAGAAAAUGUGAAAGCAAUUGGAGGAAGUAAAAAUGACGGUCCUUGGUUUGGUGAAGGUCCAGAUCUUGUUGUCCGACAUAAUGCAAACCAAAUUGAAAUGAAAUCUAAAACAUACAACAAACUGCUUGAUUUGAAAGGAAAAUAUUUAUUUCGUAAUAUAGAAAUUUUUAAAGUAACUAGAAUAUAUGAAACAUAA